AUGCAUCCUCUGUUUGGAACGUGUUUUACUCUGUUUCUUUUUCUAUUGCCUUGUACCUGCAAAAUUACUGAUGAGCAAAGUCUUAUAGAGUUCAAGAAGUUCAUCACUCUAGAUCCUCUGAAUUCCUUGGCCAAUUGGGGCCCUACUAUUCACUUCUGCAAUUGGACUGGAGUUACUUGUGAUUCAACAGGCAACAGGGUACAAUUGCUUGAGCUGGGAGAUAUGGAAUUAGGGGGUUCCAUCUCUCCUUCAAUUGGUAAUCUCUCAUUCCUCACACAACUUGAUCUACAUAACAACAGUUUUGUAGGCCGAAUUCCGGAGGAAACAGGCAGACUUCAACGCCUAAAGGUUCUUUAUCUUUACACCAAUCUAUUGGAGGGCUCCAUUCCAAAGAAUUUGACUUCCUGCAAGGAGUUACAAGAAUUGUUACUCCCUGACAACCAGUUUGCUGGAACAAUUCCUCCAGAGCUAAGUAUGCUUACAAAUCUCGAAGACCUUUCGCUCGGCUCCAACAAUAUUUCUGGAGGUGUUCCGGUAGUUUUCCUCUUCUUUAUUUGCUUAGAGGGCUUUGCCCUACUAGAGGAUGACGGCGAACUAGAAAUAGCAAUAGACGUUGCUGUAGGAGAAACAACUGUAGGGGAAGGUGCUGCAGGAGAAGGAGGUCCAUCAGCAGGCAUUGAAAACUCAGCCCUUGCUGCUGCAGCGUCUAAAGAAAAGUUUUCUCCAACGGCUGGAAGCCCAGUUACUUCUGCAAUUCUGUUUUCAGUUGCAACAACCGAGAAAGGCAAAAGCCUUCAGCUGCAGGAAGAGUAG